AACUUUUUAAUAAAAAAAAACAUUUAGGGCUCAGCAUGUAGCUAAUCUUCAGAAUCUUAAGUAGCUUCACAUUUCACUCUUUUAUUUGUUUCUGUUGCAAAGAUAGGUUGCUGGGAGUCUAAAACAACUUGAUAGCAUAUAAUCAGUGACAACAUCUUGCAAACGCCUUAGGCAGAGACGGGACAAGCGUGUUUUUUCGCCUCCGGUCAGGAGAUGGCGGUCACUUCUGCGCCUACAAAGCCGUCAAUACAGUAGCUGCAUCUGUGGUUGAUCCUUAAAGGAGUUAAAACCAUCAAGUACUGUAUUGCUAGAAGGGAUUGAGGAAGAAGAGAAGCCCAGAGGAACUUCCUGUAUCGGAUCCCUCAUGGGUGGAAGGUGGCUUGCAGAGCGGCUUUUGGGCUCUUCCAAAAGUUGAAGCAUCACCUGGAAGACAAAGAUGCCAAUAUAACAACACUGGACAACUGAGAAUAAUAAGCAACAUUGAAAAGCAAAGCAAAUUGAAGCAGAAAUAAAAAAAAAUAUUUUCCAUUUCCUUCAGAAAGCCUAUUGUGGGAAAAGUACAGAGUUCAAAUCACAAGAGGAUCCACACUGGAGAUCAGCCAUAUAAAUACUGUGAUUGUGGCAAAAGCUUUGGUCAGAAUAGCUCCCUUGUGAUUCAUAGAAGGAUCCACAUAGGACAGAUGACCUACAACUGCUCCCAAUGUGGUAAAUGCUUUCGCAAGCAUGACAACUUUGUGAUACAUCAGCGGACUCAAACCAGGGAGAAGCCAUACAAGUGUCCAGAUUGUGGGAAAAGUUUCAUUGCAAAUUCCCACCUGGUGAUACACCAGAGGACUCACAAAGGAGAGAAACCCUUUGAAUGUCCUGCAUGUGGGAAAAGCUUCAGUCAAAAUUCACACCUGGUGAUACACCAGAGGACUCACACAAGAGAGAAACCCUUUGAAUGUCCUGAUUGUGGGAAAGGUUUCAGUGUCAAUUCCAGCCUGCUGAUACACCAGAGGACUCACAGAGGAGAGAGACCCUUUGAAUGUCCUGAUUGUGGGAGAAGUUUCAGUCAAAAUUCCAGCCUGGUGAAACACCAGAGGACUCACACAGGAGAGAAACCCUUUGAAUGUCCUGAGUGUGGGAAAGGUUUCAGUCAGAGUUCCCACCUCAUUGGCCACCAGAGAACUCACACAGGAGAGAAACCCUUUGAAUGUCCUGAAUGUGGGAAAAGUUUCAGGCAGAAUUCCAGCCUGAUGAAACACCAGAGGACUCACACAGGAGAGAAACCUUUUGAAUAUCCUGAAUGUGGGAAAAGUUUCAGUCUCAAUUCCUACCUGGUGAUGCACCAGAGGACUCACACCGAAGAGAAACCCUUUGAAUGUCCUGAUUAUGGGAAAGGUUUCAGUGUCAAUUCCUACCUGGUGAUACACCAGAGGACUCACACAGAAGAGAAGCCGUACAAGUGUCCGGAUUGUGGGAAAGAUUUCAGUAUUUCGUCUAACCUUUACACACAGGAGAGAAACCUUUCCAAAUGUCCAUCUUGUGAACAAUGCUUUAGGCGUAAAUAAUCUCCGAUUGCUCACAAGAAAAUGCACGAGGCAAAUAUUUAGUUUAG